CAGAACUGCAACACCAGAGCAGCAGUGCGAGUCCUCCUACAACUCAGGUGCACAGCAGAGGAUAGAAAGAGGAGAGGAGCUCCUUCUAGCUGGAAGAAACAGCGAUUUCAUCAACAUUGCAAGGCUGGAAGGAAAGUCGGUUCUCAGACAAAAAUAUUCCCAGUAAGCGGAAGCGAAACCAGAAGCGAAGAUGAAUCUGUUUGCCAUCAUCGCUGUCCUUGCGGCGUUCAGUGUCAACGUGGUUUUUUCACAAAGAUGGUCUAAAAAGAGAGGAGAGAUGUGUCGGUCUGGGGAUGGAAGCAGCUACCGAGGAUUUGUUAACAAGUCACAUAAUGGUCGCAGGUGUCUCAACUGGAACAAGAUGAAACACCUUAACGGAGCUUCCAAGGGCCUUGGUGACCAUAAUUACUGCAGGAAUCCCGACUACAGUUUGAUGCCAUGGUGCCUUGUCCGAAGACGAAGCAGGAUUGUGAGGGAAUUCUGUGACAUUCCUAGAUGUUCUAGGCCAACAGUAAGACCAAGAGCUCCUCCACCACCUAUGGACACAGAGCAGACGUGUGGCGAGAGGCCUGAGCGGAGGAUGAAUAAAAUUGUGGGUGGCUCAUUCAUACCCAUCGAGUCGCACCCCUGGGUGGCUGCUAUCUUCCAUAAGCGCUAUGGUUUCCUUUGCGGUGGUUCGCUCAUUUCACCUUGCUGGGUUCUUACAGCUGCACACUGCUUUUCUGAUGGUGAAAAUACCAAAAUCCCACAUCUGUCUGUAUACCUGGGGAAGAGUGCCAUCAAUGACACAGAUGCUGACAAGGAGCAGAAAUUUAUUGUGGAAAAACUGAUCAUCCACCAGAACUACAAUGACUCAAACUACAACAGUGACAUAGCACUGGUGAAGAUCAAAAGCAGAAAUGGAGGAUGUGCAGUGAGGUCAUCUACUGUUCGGACAGUUUGCCUCCCUCCGCUUCACACUCAGCUGCCUGCAGGAUUUACAUGCAGCAUCGCAGGAUUUGGGAAAGAGAGCUUCGAGUUGCCUCGGUUCUCACAGUACCUGAAACAGGCUGACGUCAAGCUGCUCUCCAACGCUGAAUGUUCAAGUGAAUUGCAGUACGGAAACAGAAUCACUGAGAACAUGUUCUGUGCUGGGAGUCCUGACUCGAGCACUGAUGCCUGCAAGGGCGACUCUGGCGGUCCGUUGGUGUGUGAAGCAUCAGGCCGGAUGUUUCUGUUCGGGGUGGUGAGCUGGGGCGAGGGCUGUGCCUGGAAGAACAAACCAGGUGUUUACACUCGUGUCACCAACUACAACAAGUGGAUUUCAGCAAAAACGCAGCUCACUGAAUACACGGAAGGACGGAUGUAUCCCCAGAAGUAAAACUGUGGCACCAGGCUAUCGGUUGGGCAUCGCAUAUCUUUGAAAGAUAAUUCGACAGCAGUUUUGUAAGCUUCGUGUGUAUUAAAGUUUGUACAGAUGUUAUAGGUUUGGUCUCAGGAGCAGCUGAAAGUGGAGUGUGUAAAUGUACAGGGAAGAUUAUUUUGCACAGUCACGAUUUGCUGCAACAGUUCUAAGUGAAUGUUUAAAGAUAUCUUUAAUUGUAUAUAGUGCAUAAUUUGUUUUUAUUACUUUUGCAGAAAAAGAGUUUAGAUUUUUUCUAAACAAGCAAUUACAAAGUAUAUUUAUCCCAUUUAAUUUAAUAAGUAUUUUAUCUUGUAGAAGGCUGGCCCUGCUGUUGAGUGUGUUUUGAAGUAAAUAAAUAAAAACUUUGUAUUAAAUGGUCAUCAUUUAUCUCCUAA